AUGACCGUCGAGGGCAGCGCAAAGAGCGAUGAUGGCACUCACUGUGCCUUCUUCUAUGGUACACUGAUGCUGCCCGAGGUCUUCUAUUCGGUCUGCUACGGCAGCAAGAACGUGCCCGAGGCCAUCGCCAAGCAGCACACGUUCCAGCCGGCCAUCCUGCAUGGCUACUGCCGCCGCCGGGUCCGGUACGCCGACUACCCGGGCAUCGUCGAGGACAAGGACCACGACGUGUUCGGCACCUUUGCCACCGGGCUCACCGGCGCCAACAUGGCCAAGCUCGACUACUUUGAGGGCAGCCAGUACGUCCGCAAGACUGUCACCGUCAGGCUGCUCGACAAGGUCGGCAACCUCAAGGGCGAGGGCAACGUCGAGGGCGCCGAGAGGGAGGCUCAGGUAUACGUCUUCCAGGACAAGCAGGAUCUCGAGGAGAAGGAGUGGGAUCUGGAGGAGUUCCGUCGCGAGAAGUUGAGGUUCUGGACCCGUGCUGGCUAUGUCUUUGAGGACUGCGACCCAAACGACACGGCCAAGGUUGAGGGAACUUCAUGA